CCAAAACAUGGUGAACAGUCGUGGUUCUGCGCUCGACAAGUUCACGAAACCGCCAUUCGGCACUUCUCAAAUUCAUUCAACUUCCUUGACACUGCUGUCAAGAAAGCGCAGGCACGCAGGGCAGGCAGGAGGGGACUCUGCAGGGCCCGGGCGGGCAGGGCAAAGGGCAAGGGGCAUAUGGAUGAAUGAAUGCAAUGCAGCAGCAUCAACAGCAGAACAGUCAUUCACAGCAGCAGCAGCAGCAGCAGCAGCAGCACUGGGCAGCGGCCCUUUGCUUUCUCGCCGCUACUCACUCACCUGGACCAACGACUUAGCUUUCUCCUCAAUGGACGGUCGCGGUCAGCCGAGCCAUCAUUGAGCCAUGCUGGUGAUGAAACGAACGCAUCGAGCGGCAUUGAGAUCAGAUGCAAUAGGCGACGACGACCUUUCUUCUUAAAUUCUACUGUUUCCGAACAUACAUGUGGUGCUCUAGAUUCAAAUUCUAUCAUUUCGUCCCAGCGUACGGCAACUGUUUCGCAUCUAUCAAGCCUGCUUGAACUUCGAGCGAAUGCUGAAAAGAAACCUUUUCAUUGAUGAUGCUUUUCUCCAUCUCGCCAAUGGAUCGGCACUGCUGCUGAGCACAGGAGUGCGGCAUUUAUCAAACCCCGAGUUUCUAGUCCAGAUGCUCGCAUCCCUCUAUUCCAGCCCUUCCGAGUCCUCGGCCCCGCGGCUCAGACUCUUGCCCUUCGUUCCAUCAUUCCUUGCGGUUUGCACACAGACCCCCAGCAGCUGUCGGGUUAGCCCGACCUUUUCAUUGAUGGGCUAUCACCCCCAAACCCCGUAUACUACACCUCAAAUAUGGGGCACAGCGAAUGUCAUUUAUCAGGAACGCGCUUUGGCGGUGACCAGGUGACAACCGACUCGCACUCCGUAAAUGAUCGCAGCAGCAGCUCAUGCCAAGCCAAGUCGAGCCAAGUGCACGAAAGGGAAUGGAACCGGGUCAACUCUCGACCAACCGAUCAGUCAGUGAGUCAGUCCGGCAGUCUCAACCAACAAGCUCGACUGCGAACUCCCCACACAGCUCGACGAGCAUCCUUCGGUUGGCCUCGCAACAUUCAUCGUCGUACUCGAGGCACUGGACGAGGUCGCGAGAGUCCGUCAUACCUUCAGAAACUUUAGUGCGACUUGGUGAGGGCUCAGAGAGAGACUGGGUGAGUAGUCGUAGUCGGGUCCGUCCGUCAGGCAGGCAGGGACGCAGGCAGGCAGGCGGUCAGUCAGUGGGUCGCUGUCUCGGCAUGGCGCAAUUGAGCACGAGCACAUGGCGCGAGGCGAAUGUGUGUACUUGUACAUAUUAUACUUGACUGUCUCGACGACCAGAAAAGACCGGACCGACCGGACCAGCAGUAGUAAUGCAAUUGUACAAGAUGACUGGGGUUGGUAUAAACAUCCGCACGUUCUCAUAGAAGACUAGAUGGAGACAUCCGCACGUUCAUGGAGACGACAAGACAUACGUGCCGU